AAAAAGGGAAAAACAUAGUAACACCCCACAUAUUCUCCCUGCUCCUCGCGCAGUUCUCACGCCGCCGCCGCGGGUUCGCCGGAACCCUAGGACCCUGCUGCCGUCGCCGGACGCGCGGCUGCCACCAUGACCGGGGGAAAAAAACUGUUUACAUUUUGUAAGACAGCAAGAGUGCAGGUGUAACUCCAAAGGGAAGAUCAUCGUAAUUCUUAGUUCUUACUCAUUGUUUGAAACUUUGUUUCAAGGGGAGAUUUGGCUACUAGCUUGAUUGUUCUGGACUUUAAUUCAAACUUAGUUACUUACCCAUCAAUAGCUUGGUUAUGGGCAGCUGUGUACAUCCACUUUGCAAGAUAGAGUAUGCUUGUUCAUUUUAUAAUGUUUUUUCACACUGGUAAUCUGUUGGAUAAAAACGUCACAUUUACUUUCUGUAUUAUUCUGAUUGGCCCAUCAUGUAAGCUGGACAUGAGGGAUUGUUCUUGUUUGAUGGAUUUGAUUCUACAAGUAUCAUGGACUCUGGCUUCGUUAGUAAAAAAAAAUUUGUUUGGAUGGAGGUUCUGUAACUGUGAUUGAGCUUGAAUAGCUACCUUUUAAACUUAAAUUUAUGCAAUAGUGGUCGCUGGAGGUGAGUGUGGUCUUGAAAUUUUAAAGUCAAUGCUUGAUCGAUAUAAUGAAAACAAUUAUGAGGAACCACAAGUUCUUGAAGCAGCCGAAUCGUUGUCUGCUUGCCAAAAUGUUGUUCAUUGCUUAGAUGCAGUUAACAAAAUUAUCUAUACCUCUACAUGACCUUGAUUUUGGUCUUUUAUAUUAGUUAAUGAUAAUAAACACACCACAGAAAUUCUGGUGAUGUUAUUUGUGCUCUAGAGCAACCCGUUCAUUUUUCUUUCAAUAUAUUCUGCAGGACAACAUGAAUAAUUGACAGCCAAAGAUUUGCCACCAAAAUAAAAAAUGCUUCUGGGUCUUCAGAUCCUAGUAAACAGAAAUGGAUGAGCAACCCAAGUAAAGAGUGCCCAAAGUGUAGCCAUGUCAUUGAUAACAGCGAUGUUGUUCACCAGUGGCCUGGCUUGCCUAAAGGUGUAAAAUUUAAUCCUUCUAAGGAAUUGCUUUGGCACUUGUUGGCAAAACAUGGAAAAUCUGGUAUAAAACCUCAUCCAUUCAUUGAUGAAUUUAUUCCAACAGUUGAGGAAGUUGAUGGCAUCUGCUACACUCAUCCACAGAAACUUCCAGGUGUUAAGAAAAAUGGAAGUGUAUCACACUUCUUCCACAGGACAUUUAAGGCCUAUAACACUGGCAAUAGGAAGCGUCGAAAGAUAAACACCGAUGAUCUUGCUGAUGUUCGUUGGCACAAGACUGGCAAGACAAAGCCAGUAUUAGUUGUUGGAAAGCACCUUGGCUGUAAGAAAAUAAUGGUGCUUUACAUGAGCACUGAAAAGGGUGGGAAGGCUGAGAAAACCAAUUGGGUGAUGCACCAGUACCACCUAGGCACUGGGGAGGAUGAGAAGGAGGGUGAAUAUGUUGUCUCUAAAUUAUUUUUUCAGCAGCAAUUUAAACCUGGGGAGAAGAAUGCUCAAGAGCUAACCACAGGAGAUGCUGUAGAAUCAAUGGCUGCUGAAGCAGAUGCUUCUGAUUUCACUACAUUACCCUUUGAAGAACAUGUUAGUACAAUCGAAGAAGUUGCACACAAUCCGGAGCAUAAUCCUUAUCAGGGUAAUGAAAACUGUGAAAUAAACAUUGAAGAGAAUGCUGCUGAAGGGACUGUUGUCCACCCAUCCUCUGAGAAACCAGAGGGUGGAGAUAAUCCCCAAUCACAAGAUCCCAAGUUGUGGGAAGGUGAUUCCCAGUUUGAACUGUUGGACUCCCAGCAGCUGGCAGGACUUGCUAUAUGCGAUGAGUUCCUCCUGAGUCAGUCACAAACCUCAUGUGGUGGUGGAGAUGAACCAAGAGCGAUCAAACCUCGCCUGGCUGUUUAUGCCCAACUACCAACAGAGGACUUCAAGAAGGAUUUGGAAGAGUGUCAGCAGUUGGAGCCCCCAGACGCUGUGAAUCUUGAGUUUGACAGCACAGCUGAGUUCCGACUGAGCCAAAUUGAUUUUUCACAGGACAGCUUUAUGACAUGGGCUGGCAGCAAGAUGAUUGACGACUGAUGCUGCUCCGACGCACUCCCAGGCCAGUGCCAUUUUGUACAUGAAGGAACAGCUGAUCCCUUUUGCGUGAUACGACAGUGAACUGUGCACCAACGGUAGUCUCAACUUUGUGGUGAUCGGUGAAGUGCUUAUUUUGUCAGGGAGACCUGAAUGAAAUCUGCUGGCUCGUCUAGGGGGAAGGAGAGCCGGUAGCUCUCAUGCGUAUGAAUUGUACUCCCUCCGUCCCAAAUUUGGAACGGAGGGAGUAGCACAUAUAUAUAUAUAUACCAUAGGCUAAAGGACUCAUACUGUGCCGACAGCUGAGUACUGUUAAAAUUAUCUUUGGCUGCAUGAGCUUGUAAAUUACGAUUAGUAUCCUCAUUUUAGUUGGUUGUCUCACCAAGAAUCAUUUA